GCCUCUCCAGGAAGAAAUUCGUUAAGCUAUCGCUGAAGAAGGUGGCGUCACCUACUGUGCAGUCCAAAAGAUAGAAAAGCUAGACAGCUUCAUGAAGGAGGUUCUCCGAUUCCACGGUCCUGGUCUCAGCAAGUUUGAAAGAAAACCUAGCUCUUAAAUCCCAUGAAUCCUUUUUGUUCGAUACCAAAAGAAGCACAGCAACUAACGUUUUUCUCUCCCAACAGCUGGUAUGCUCCGCCGCGUGCUCAAGGACAUAACUCUCAGCAACGGCCAAUACAUUCCCCCUGGCGUCAUGAUCGAAAUUUCUUCCCAAGCCAUCUACCGCGACGACCAAUUCUACCCGGAUCCUGAGGUCUUCGACGGCUUCCGAUUCUACAAGGCGCGCUCGAUCGGCAAGGCCGCAGAUAUCGCCCGCAACCAAUUCAUCACCACCAACGAGGAAAACCUUGCCUUUGGCCACGGCAGGCACGCGUGCCCCGGUCGCUUCUUCGCUGCGCUCGAGAUCAAGAUGAUCAUGGCUCGCUUCCCGCUCGACUACGACAUCAAGAUGCACAAUGGCCAGACGGAGAGGCACCCCCAGAUCGGAAUGAGCAGGAUAUCAAUUCCUUAUCCUGUAGGACAGCUUCUCUUCAAGAAGAGGACGGCGACUUAAGCUCGGAAUGGUUUGUUGCGGGGGUAAGAGGGGUUAAAUCAUUACCCCAGGUGGAAGUAUCGUUCGACUGAGGUCUCAGAUACGAGUAGGGUUUCUUGUAUUGUAGAAGAGAAGCAUGC